UCUAAUAAUCUAAAGUGUCGGCCAUUUCAAAUUACAGAGAGAGAAACAGAGACUGAAGAAAAGAGGCAAUAAUGACAACGGCCAAAAACACUGCAGUUUUUGUCAUUAUAUCCGCCAUAAUGCUAACUUUAGCAAGUGGAGCCUCUCCUCCUCCUCCGCCGGCGCCGGAGUCUCCUGCGCCGGAGCCAAGUUCAGACUUGGACUGCUUUCCUUACUUACUGAAUGUAUCGGACUGCCUGUCGUACGUUGAAAAAGGGAGCAACUUAACGGACCCAGAAAAGGGAUGUUGCCCGGAGCUAAGCCGUCUGGUGGGUACGCAACCAAUCUGCCUUUGCCAGCUCCUAGGAAAUUCCUCAGCUAGUCUUGGUAUUGACAUUGACGUCCAAAAAGCUCUCAAGCUUCCUCAAGUAUGCUCUGUUUCCACUCCUCCGACCAGUUAUUGCGCCGUGGCGGGAUAUCCAGUUGUAUCUCCAUCAGGACCAUCACCAACUAAAGCACCUGGUGUAAAUCCAACAGCAGCAGCAGCAGAAGCAGAAACUCCAGAAGUAGGAAACAAAAAUGGGGGCAGCAGAUCAAACAUUAAUGGAUUGUUGCCUCAUUUUUUAGCCAUGUUUUUUGCUGUCUUUGUAUUUGGUUUGUUCUAAAAUCAACUAUGUUCUUAAAACUAGUCAAGAAGGAAAGAAGGAAAGGAGUUUGUUAUUGUUGCUA